CAUACUCUCAGUUCAAAAAAGAAGAGAAAAGCCCCACGAAAACUUUGCCUUCAAUCGAUCACAAACGCAGCAACAGCCAACGAUCGACGAUCGACGGUAUCAGUGCAUGUCAGGACUUGGUUUGCCUCUCUGUUUCAGGCUUUGGUGCAGAGUAGAGAGGCGCUAUGAUGCCUAGUAGCGGUAGAUCGCACCAAGAGAAUCCGAGUAACACGUCCAACAAUCAUAGCAGUAACAACAGCGAAAGCGGAAGCAUCAGCAAUUCGAACCACGGGAUGAACGUCAAUCCUAACGCCAACGUGAACUACAGCGGUAGUCGCGGGAGCGGAAGCGGUAGCAACAGUGCUGGAGGCAGCAUCAGGGCAGGCGUUGGGGAUCAGAUCCGCCAGCGGUAUCAUCACGGACAUGGGGGAGACAUGGGUUCCUCAGCAGGCGGAGGAGGGAUGUCUGCUUCUGCCUUUGGUGGGUCCAUGUCGAUGGGCGGGCCUAUGAUGGGUGGUCCCAUGGCUGCCAUGGGCGACUACAGCGGUCUCAACCACUAUGGCCGUGCUGCUGGUCUAGGUCCCUCAGGAUUGGGUCAUUUCAACCCGGCAGGAGCAUCUGCUGCUGGAGGCAUGAACGCUGCUAUGAAUCCAUCUCUGUAUCCCCACAUUGGUGCCACAGCUGGCAUGCAAUCGCCCCAGCAACAAGCAGCAGCCGCUGCUGCUUUGGGAGAUCAAUUGGACUUUCGUCAAGGGGGGCCUAAUAGCAGCAGUGCAGCGGGGAAUCCGCAAGCUGAACAAGAGGAGGAACUCCUCCUGAACAUCCUAAUCGCCAGACGUCAACGGCAAUUUGGAACUGGCGGUGGUGGUGGCCCAGGACCCGCGACUUCUUGGGCCGAUGACUUUAUGCGUUUGCGAGAAAAGACAAUGAAUUCACAACAGCAAGAUAACAUGGGAGCAGCAGCAGCAUCGGGAGGUGAUCGAAUGCAGUACGAUGGCAUGACAAACGCUCUGCAGCAAGGGGAUGGCAGUCAUCGCUCUCAUUCCGCUGGGAGGAUGAGCAUUGGGUCAGCAGCUGGAGCCAUGGCUCAUAUGCAAAACCCUAACAUGACCAUGAACAACAUGGGGAUGAAUAUGCAACCACCUCAAAACCGACAGUUCUUGUCGGAUGCAUCAGGGAGACUUAGACACCGAGGGAGCAUGGGAUUUCCAAUGGGAUCGCCGCAGGGAGCAUGGAUGGGGGCGACCAAUGCUGCAGCUGCUAUGCACUCGCAUCCAAACAAUCCUGCUAAUAGCAACUUGUUUGCCCAUGGAGGCCAACGACAAGACAUGAUGAAGAGCAACACACAGCUAGGUAUGGACGUUCUGGAAAGUGUAGAUCGAAUGAUGCCAGGCAACAUGAUGCACGAUGCUAGAAUGGCCGAACAGGGUUCCGUCUCGGGCCAAAACCCGUAUCAUAACCGGUUUGCUGUUGGUCAGCACCAUGGUAUGUCGAUUCAGGAUCCUCCUGGCAUGGGGUUGGGGAAACGAUCCAUGGAAGGUCAACAGGGCAUGGAAAAGGCUGGCAAAAUGACAUCGCAGCACCCGAUGCAACACAUGUUCCACUCUCCUCAGCAACAGCAGAUGGCUCACUCCUCCGCCGAAGAAGCUCAGCCUGCUGCCAAGAAGAAGCGUCUCCACAAGCGCAAACCGGCUGACAUGCCUCGAAGACCACUCUCGGCCUACAACCUUUUUUUCUCAGAAGAGCGGGAACGCAUCCUGCGAGAAAUCGAAGGCAAGACCGCCGACGACGACGAAGGGGACAAAGAUGGAAAGGACGAUGCCAAGCCCAAGGCACUUCUUCGCCCUCUAUUGCCUUCGGAGAAGAAGCGAAGACCGCAUCGCAAGACACAUGGCAAGAUUAGCUUUAAACUACUCGCUCAAAAGGUUGGGCAGCGAUGGAAGGAGCUAUCGGAUCACGAACGGCAACGGUACAAGGACAUGGCGCAAGAAGACAUGAAGCGGCAAAAGAAGGCCAUGGAAGAGUACUAUCAGAAGAGGUCUGUCCUGGCAUCAAGUGAUACAACCGCCAACGCAAAGGAAGCGGAAUGAGUCUGUACAUUCAGAUCAUUGUCUAAUGUCGUGCUGGUAGGCUACUUUUGAAUUGUAUAUAGUGGUGACAUGUAUUGCUAGUGUGCUCGCUGUUCCAUUGUAUCAUUAGGCUUCUGUUAGUAUCGGCACAGGACGUUGUACUUCAUGCCAAUGCAGUGCGAUUCGUAGAAUCUACUAGUAGUCGUUCCGACAUGUUUUCGAUCGCACUCGACGCCCGUUGGUCAGCUUUCUUGCAUGUUAGUUCACAACUUACCCGGUAGCUUUUACAGUGUUGAAUCGAAUCGUUUGGCCGGUCUACUAGUGAGUGGGCAGACCCUGUGACCUGCCUGGCCAUCUGGAGGCCGGGUGACAUGAUCACCAGUGCCUGGUUUGGAUGCAGCAUCCUGGUACAGUGGGUUCCAUGUUGUGGAAGGUCGCGGGUGAAGCAGACACUCAUAGAUAUACCGGAAGUGACCUCGCUUUCGAUUCUUGGGGGUGGUUCCCAUCAUCUGAGGUACCGCGGAUAUUGGUCAAGGGCUGAUUUUGGUUUUACUCCGGCCAACCAACCAUCUUCCUUCACGCCAUAAACGCCAACCGGCACAAGACCAUUUCUCGUUGCAUCAUUGUGCCACAUUGUCUUCGUUGCCACAAAUUGUACAAUCGUAAUGCUGUUGUCGCCCAGGCCUUCGACGUUACCGCGAAGAGCGUGCAACAUGAAGCAAUGGGCGUCAUGUACGUAGCCAGCUAGCUAGCUACCGGUAGCUACAGUCGCAGCAGUUCUAAUAGCUCUUUG